GAGAGAGAGCGAGAGAGAGAGAAAAAAGGGAGGAGAGCGAGAAAGAGAGUAUGUAUGUGCGUAUGUACGCGCGCGCGCCUGCAUGCGUGAUAAGGAAAAGCAUAUAUCUCUCAAUGUGUAGUGUUUCUCUGUGGCACGCGCACGCGCGCGCCCGUAUGUGUGUUGUGUAUGUAUGUGCAUUGUGAGCACGAGAAAAGAGAGUACGUGCAUGCAUAUGUAUGCGGAUAAGAUAGAAAGAGAGAGUGAAAGAAGUGUGUAGAGGAUUGACAAACGAGAGCGAGAACGAAAAAGAGAUAGAGAAAGAAAAAGUGAACGUGUACGUACACAACAUGAAAUGAUACUACGGCUGAGAGAACGAACUAAUAUUCCCGCGCGGAAUUUGCCUAACACGCAGUAGUUCGUAUAUUCGAGUCGUUUCUAACUUAAAUCGCGGACUUGUCACAAGUAAUGACAGCGUAAUAUCGCGGAAAAAACUUGCAGCGAUAAGCUGCAAGAAUCCAUAUAUCACGCGACCGAAGGUUUUAUCGGCUGUUCGUAUUGGUGCUUGAAAUACGCUUUGCCGAAGCGAAGAAAUGUGAUCACUUUAUAUACAUCCAUCCCUUCCAUUUCCCUGUUAAUCACCUUUCUCUUUAAUAUACUUUCCUCCGUUGGUGAAUGGUAAAUCCCAAAACUUCGACUGUCCGACCCCUUUACGUUUUGGCGGGAUUUUCCACGCAUGCGCGUUCUACCAAUGAAAUGUCAUUUUUUACAUAUUAGUGGUGCCAGCCAAAUUGUUGCAUAAUAACUUUGCUGUUGUAGUCAAUGUGUCAGAUAAGAGGCUAACCUUUUGAGGACAAGUUCGUGCUAAAAGACAAUGCGAUGAAAUAGCACGAUUGAACUUAUGUGGCAUGUCAUGGAACAGUUUUACAGCGUACAAAACACGGGAAGGGAAAAAAUGAAAAUAACAGAAAGGAAAGAAACUAAGUAAAAGAAUUACGAUGUUAAUUUAUACAUUGUACUAGGGGAUUCUUUCUUUUGUUUCCUUGUCGAAAAAAAAAGGGAAAGAAACAAAACGUAUAUAUGUACUUUCGUUGUCCAUUCACGCGACGGAUCGAGUCACAUUGAACAAUCAGAGAGAAGUAAAAUCUUGUAAGAAAUAUAUUAUAAACGAGAGCGCAUAGACGAUAAGAUAUAUCGCUUAAAACAAAGGAGAGAGUGGAAAAGAGAGAAGAAGAUGAAAAGAAAACAAUUCAAAUGUUGAAUGAUGUGUUAUUAGGAAUACGUAGACGUGUUAAACACGACCUUUAUGUUAUUUCCCUAAGUAACGAAACAAAACGUUUCUUGUGUAUUUUCAUCUAACUCGAUCUUCCUUGAAUUAUAUGGAUCCUCUUUCAUGUAAUUCUGUUAAGCUGGUUUCACCAUGCUGGUUUCACGCCUACAAAAUGCUGGAUCCAAGCGUUCUAACGGAUUUAGAAGAACUGACGCUUUGCAGUUAUUGCAAGCAGAAGUAUAACGACGCGGAACAAUGCCCGAAAUAUCUUAGUUGCAAGCAUUACUUUUGCUUGCGUUGCAUAGAAAACAAUUUAUUAAAGGGACGUGAGUUGUUUUGCGCGCAUUGUUGGAAGAGGACGGACCUGGGUGAUCAAGGACCGGACGCUCUACCGACGCACUCCUCUCUCCUUGCUCUAACGAAUAAUUUGUCUCACUUAAAAAUCACGACGAAUAACACAUCGGGGAAAACGAACGAUAAGGAAAGAAAGAGUGAGAAUUGUCACACACACGGAAUGCCUUUGGCAUUGUGGUGUGCGACAUGUUGCACGGCACUUUGUAGAGCAUGUGCCACUCCACAGGAACACCCAGGUCACCAAAUUAAAUCGCAAACUGAUGCCAAAGAACAACUCAUCUCCGACGUUCAAUUGGAAUUAGUUGCUAUGGGGAAGCUAUCGACCGAGAUUCAAAGACUGGCUAUGCAACAACGAGAAUUCUUAAUAAAAGUGCUAGAAGCUUGUGUAACGUUGAAAACACACGUGGAGACUGAUCUUCAGAACGGCUGGAGUCAUUUCCCUGAGAUAACGGACGCGCGGGAAACACUUGGGAAAGCAAAGGCUAGUCUGCAAAUGAUCGAGAGCCCUAGCGACGUGUACAAUUUACAUUCGCAGCUGAUACUAGAGAAACAGAGAUUGCAAUCGAAGUAUCAAGAGAUGAUGUUGCAGUGCCAACUCGACGACUUGAUUGGUAACUCGGGAGUGGUGUUUGAUUUCGCGUUGUUGAAACAAGCGUUAGCUGGGAUUCACACGGGAGAGCCGAUUGUUUCUCAAGGAACCAGUAAUGGCGGCAGAUUACCAAAUCACUUGGCGGCUUCACAAAAUCCGAUACUGUUCCUCGCGAAUUAUUGCAUGUCGCAGCUAUAUUCGAGACACGUAGUUAGUAAGCAACACAUGCAAAACGGCUCUAUAGAGUAUCAUUCGAGCAUGAUGCAGCCGCAACCAGCUCCACCGGGCUCCGUUCAUGUACACCAAGGUCCACCGCCGCCGACAACCCCGCAGCAACUUCUCAUCCCGCCUGGUUCGCCGUCCGUUAAACCCGUUCCGCCCGCGCCUCCGAACGCGAUGCUACAUCCACAGCAACAAUCGACAUUUAUACCGGAAGCAGUCGGUACUGGCGGCGGGAGUUUGGUUACCGUCCACUCAUCCUCUCAACCGCCGUCCAGCGGAAUAGCAGCAUCCCUUCGAGGGCCUUCGAACCCUUAUCCUCUAUAUUAUUUCAACAUCGAAGUGAAUGGAUCUCCGCAUGGCCGUAUAGUGAUAGAAGUGAGGCCGGACGCAGCGCCGAAAAUGGCUAAGAAUUUCAGUGUCCUGGCGACCGGCGAGGUCGGAGUUGGCUACAAGGGUUGCACGAUUUUUCAGUGCUGGGAGGGUGAAUCCGUCAUCACCGGUGAUUUCGAGUUGAACAAUGGCCGCGGUGGAAGAAGCAUAUUCGAGGACGGGUACUUUAUGCCGGACGACACGAAAUUCCCUGCAGUGAGAGGAGCAGUGGGAAUGCGGAGAACGCAGAAGCGACACGAUAACCUCGGUAUGGUCGGCUCACAGUUUCGUAUAAUAUUGCAAGAGAUGCGCGGAUUCACAGGAAUAUUUGGCCACGUCGUCGAGGGAUUGGAAUUAGUCGAGAAGAUAUCGACGUUCGGCGAUCAAACGGGCAAGCCUACGAAGAAUAUUCUAAUCACCAAGUGUGGCAAAUUGUAACGGUAACAUUACUACGGUUAGUAUAUACCGAAGGGUAUCUCAAGUACUACCCGUAUACUUUGCGUUCUCCCGCUCUAGAUAACUGGAAAACGAAAAAAAGAAAAAGAAAAAGAAA